GGUUUGUUUAUCUUAUACACAAAGUUAAAUGGCAAUAAAUGAAAAUUAAGACCUCAUUUGUUCUUAUUGCAAUAAGGGUCCUUGUUUCUAAAUAUAUAGAUUUUUUUUUACUUAGUAACGGGAGGCUUUGUAAGUGGACUUCGAUAAUGGCCAAUCAACCUAACUCAAGUGGGGCGGGUGGUAGUGGUAAUCCCCCAUCAUCGACGCAACCUUCACCAGGGGGAUAUCCUCCGCCCGGAGAACAUACUGCACAAGGGUAUCCACCCGGAGGAAAUCCUCCAUCAUCUGGGCAACCUUCACCUGGUGGAUAUCCUCCACCUGGAGAACAUUCUCCACACGGGUAUCCACCUGGGGGAUACCCUAAGCACGGAGAACAUCCUCCACAAGGGGGGUAUCCACCACCCGGAGAACAUCCUUCACAAGGAUAUCCACCAACCGGAUAUCCUCCGCAAGAUUACUCACAAGGGUACCCACAAGGAUAUCCUCCCCACCAAGGAUAUCCUCCUCAACAAGGAUAUCCACCACAAGGAUAUCCUCCUCAACAAGGUUAUCCUCCACAUGGAUAUCCUCAACAAGGCUACUCGCCUUAUGGGUAUCCACAAGGAGGUCAUCCUGGUGCUUAUCCACCUGCAGGUUAUCCUGGUGCCCCUUCUGCGGGUGGAUACCCACCAGCGGGUUAUCCUCAUAGUGGAUAUCCUCAAGGUGCUCCUCCUGGUCAACAUGGAGGUACUCCUCCCGGUCAACAUGGAGCACAAAAAGGAGACAAGCUCCCUGGUGGCGUAAUGGGAGUGCUUGCUGGUGGAGCGGCAGCAUACAUGGCUCAUGGUCAUUAUGGGCAUGGUGGUCAUGGUCAUGGUUAUGGCCAUGGAAAAUUUAAGCAUGGCAAACACCAUCAUGGAAAAUACAAGCGUGGGAAGUUUGGUAAGCACAAGGGUCAUGGAAAAUUCAAGCUCUGGAAGUAAAUUAUGGAAAAUCUUGGAUAUGGUGAAAUUCUAUACAUGACAUGAGUUACGUAAAUUAGCAUAGACACACAUAUUUUCUUUUGAAUUAUAAGCUUAUUUUUUUUUUUUCUUCAUAUUAUCAUUGUAUAUAAACCGACUACAUGUUGUGAAAUAUUCGAUGAUAAAAAAUGCAACAUCCAAUAUAUAUAUAUAUAUCAAAUUCAAAAUUACAACAUAC